AUGUCUUCGUUCCUCAACUUUUACGCCGCUUCGCUCAAGAAGAACCCCAAAACCACCAAUGCAAUCAUGACGGGCUCUCUUUUUGGUCUGGGGGACGCCCUAGCACAAAUAUGCUUCCCCAGUUCCCAGGCUAAAGCUGUUGAUGCAAACGGAGAAAAAUCAUCUGCUGGUUACGAUAUCGCGAGAACGGUGCGUGCAGUGACAUACGGAUCGCUGAUUUUUUCCUUUAUCGGCGACAAAUGGUUCAAAACCCUCAGCACUAAGGUUAAAUUUGCCAACAAACCGGCCAAACACUGGUCGAACCUGGCUCUACGUGUGGGAGUAGACCAGCUAGUUUUCGCUCCAUCGUGCAUUCCCUUCUAUUUCGGCGUCUUGACGCUGAUGGAGGGCCAAUCGCUGAAAGAUGCCGACGAGAAAAUCCGCGCAGUGUGGUGGGACAUUUUAAAGACCAACUGGACGGUUUGGCCCGCAUUUCAGCUUAUCAACUUUUCGCUAGUCCCAGUGCAGCACCGUCUGCUAGCAGUGAACGUGCUUGCCAUUUUCUGGAACACUUUCCUCUCUUACAGGAACUCAGAAGCCAGCAACAAGAACCAUCAGUUGCCCGUGGAAUAUCCUCCUGUUCCCGAGUGA